ACAAAGCAAACCCAAUCCCACCCCCACAAGGAAGCGUAUCGCCACCCUCGGAUCCUUCCCCCUAAUUGCUCCCGCGCAGCUUCCAUUCAUCCCACGCUUCCACACCGUGCCCGCGCUCGCGCCCGGGGGUAUAAAACACCGGGGCGAAACCGCCCGGUCUUCACAGGCACACCAACUCGAUCGGGGAGAGCGACGGGGCGGCUGCUCUAGCUAAGCUCGGCGCUUGCGGCGGCGGCGGGCGGCGAUGGGGAGGAGGCUGGACGUGCUGCUGGGGCGGACGACGAAGCAGACGGCGCGGCUGCGGUCGCUGCUGGGGCUGGCGGUGACGCGGCUGGGCGUGGUGCGUGGCCACCGGCAGGUGCGGUUCGCGCAGGCGCGCGGGGACGUCGAGCAGCUGCUCCGCCUGGGCCACGCGGACCGCGCGCUGGCACGCGCCGAGCACGUCGUCCGGGAGCAGAACGCGCUCGACGUGCUCGCCGAGCUCGAGGCCUACUGCGGCCUCAUCGUCGAGCGGGCGGCGCUCGUCGAUGCGCACAGGGAGUGCCCCGAGGAGCUGCGGGAGGCGGCGGCGGGGCUCGUGUACGCCGCCGCAAGGUGCGGGGACCUGCCGGAGCUGCAGGAGGUACGGGGCAUCCUUGCCGCCAAGUUCGGAAGGGGGUUCGUCUCCGCCGCCUCCGAGCUCCGCAGCGGAUGCGGGAUCAACCCCAAGAUCGUGCAGAAGCUGUCGACCAAGCAGCCGAGCCUCGAGAGCCGGCAGAUGGUGCUCCAGGAGAUCGCCGCAGAGAAAGGGUUCGCCGUGAGCGUCUACGAGCCACCACCCUGCGAGGGCUCCGGACGCUCCAACCACAACCGCAGGAAGACGAAGCACGACGAAGAGAUGAUCAGGAUGCCACCAGCUGAUGACCUGGACGAAGACGUCUCUGGCGACUCGGCGCAGAGGUACAAGGACGUGGAAGCGGCGGCGCAGGCCGCGUUCGAGUCGGCCGCCUCGGCCGCCGCCGCCGCGAAGGCAGCCAUGGAGCUCUCGCGUGGGGAGUCCAGGGGGCCAGGCGACAGGGGAAAGACUGGAACCACGCGGAUGGAUGAUGAGAGCAAGAAAGAAGGUGAGAUGCUUGAUGGAAAGACAUCUGAGAAGAUUGGACAUGCGCGGAAUUACAGUUCAGAGAUUGAGAUCCUGCCGGAGGACGAGGCAGAUCAUGGCGACGUUGCAGUGAAAGAACAGAAACACCAUGAGCAGCGGGAGCCGGCCAGGGGCAAGCCGGCAUCGGUCAGAACGAAGUGGGGAUUUUAGCUGCGCAACAAGAUGGCAACAGAGGAGAUGGUUUCUUGAUCUCAAUAUAUUUAGUUGAAUUUUCGUUAUAUGUAGAAUCCUAUGGCAUACGUUCAUACCAUAUAUGUAAUGUAAAUGAUAUUAAAAAAAGGAAAAGGGACAAAUUUGAUUCUUUUCCAAUUUAUAAGCAGGGUGCAAAAUCAUCAGCGUAUAUUGCUGAAGAA